UGUCAGCGGGAGGCGGCGGUAUGGUGUGCCAGGCCUGUAACCAACGGCGUGCCCGUGAACGGAAGAAGUCCUUAUCGGUACGACAGCCAGGGGAUGGCGGGUCCGGAGUUGCUGGAGCUUCCUCGUCGUCCCAAGCGCCAGCCAUUGGGAGGGCGGACGUCGUGGGGUCCAGCACCCAGAGGACAAGGACAGGCAAGGGAGCAUCCACCGACGAGGGCUCUGGCAUUGCGACUGGCCGAGCGCUUGGGCGACAUGUCAAAGCGGCGUCGAUUGUGCGCUCGCGGGUGGAAGGGUCCGUAAAAGGCGGGGAGAUCCUUUUCUGGAAGGACGUUGCGAAGUGGUUGACGGCCGAGCGAGCUAAGCUCGGCGAGGAAAGGCUGCAGGGCGGCUCCGUACGGGAGAAGGUGAAACAAAUGUUCGAUAGCAUCGGCCGUUCGUCGGACUGCAACGCGAGGGUGGUGGAUAUCCGAGGGAGCAGGGGUGCGGGAGGAGACGGACGCGAGAAAGCUCUCUGUCUGUUCCCGAAAGAUCUAUCCGACGAAGCUGUCGUUGGGUACCUCCUACGGAUGCGUAAAGCGGAGGGAGCGACCCUGAAGUCUGAGCUGGAAAGGGUUGCUCAAGACCCUGCGGACCCCCACGACCCUGUCUUCGAGGAGGAGAGGAUGGCGGUGGUCAAGACUGCGGGGGAGAUUGUCCGGCGUGAUAUUGAACUGGAAAAGAGCCUGCACAACGCGCGUCCCCCAGGUCAGUCAAACAUCAACGUGGAAGAGUUGGAGCGGCCUGUGGAACGGACGGCGGAUACCCUACUUGCAAUGCCCCCCACGACACUAGGAUUCUUCCAGAGCGUCACCGACGUGGACCUCAAUGUCGAGCAGAACCCUGCGGAUCCGCCCAAGGAUGCAGGGCCUUGCAAGGUGUGGGAGCGCGGGUGGCGAGAGGAGUUUGAAAAGGGUAUCGGCGUUAUGGACAGGCCAAGUCCAGCCACAGCCGGGUCGAUGGGUGAAACGACGGUGGGCUCUGCUGGUGGAGCCGGGAGUGGUGACGUCGGCGCAAUAUCGGGGGGGGUGCCGGUCCUCCCGGCGUCUGAGACACGUGCGAGGGCUGUCGAUAAAUUCAACCGGUGUUGCCGGUCCAUUCGUCGACGGUUGACGGUGAUGUGCACAAGCGUCGUUAAGUCCGUGCUGGGCAGCCGGUACAUGCCCUCACACGCCAUAAAGGCGACCCAGUGGGCGAAGUCGAAGAAUACUCCCCGACCCGUGCUCAACUUUAUCGCAGAGCACUUGGGAUGUGCCACCGAUUCUCAGGUGUACCAUCGAGAGUCCAAGUUCGCCCGGGUGGUUGAAGACUCCAACCUUCUUGCCAAGUGCGCGAAGUGUGCUGCAUUUUCUCAGGACAACGUUGACUUCGAGCCCCGUGUCGGAGUGAGGCAGGGGGAAGGUCCGUACAUCCCGUGCGUGGCGUGUGUGGCGAACUGGGUUGGGGAGGAGGUGGGCACGCUCCACGAUGCGGGCACGUUGAAACGACUCAGCGAGUUGAGUGUGGACGACAUUCUCGUUGGAUCAGACGCGGCGGAGGGAGAGCGGAGGUAUGGGGCUUUCUUAGCUACGCUAUUCGGAGCCGUGUCCAAGUCUGAGCGAAUCAGGUCGGCGGAGGGAGGGCCGUUGUGGUGUUUCGAGGCCCAACUCAGGGAGGACGUUACGCCGGAUGCGAGGUCAAACUCUACAGGAAAGUACGCCUUCGUCCAGCGCGCCAGCACCAAGAGCUACACCGACAUGAAGAGGAUAAUUGACCGGAUCCUUGACAUAUGGCGCGGAACCCAGGCCGGGAACGAUGGUGCACCGUGCAUCAUCGCGGGGGACGAGGAGACAUACCGAUUCAUAUACCACCUGAUGAAGCAAGACCCCGACAACUACCGUCAAAUCCGGCGAUAUCCGGGGGACUGGCAUCUUCUGCUGCACAUGGCGAAGGCUCUCCUCAGGCGGUACUGGGGGGCUGGGAUCGAGUUUAUGGCGUGCGAGUUAGGAACGGACAACAGCAAAUCGGGCGACGGCAGCAAUUAUCGCCGAGCACACCACCAGCUGUGCGUGAUGUUUGAAGCGCUAUGGAUUUUGAUCCUCGAGGUGUGGCGGGAGGAGCGUCAGCAGCGGGAGAGUGCGCCGGCAGAGUGCGAUGACGUGUCGGCGGAGGAGGAGGGCGUCGCUGCAGAGGACGCGAUCGACAUGGAUGCUGUCCUGGCUUGGGUCAAGAGGCGGGCAGAUGACGACAAAACGUUCGCCAUUUGGGCGCAGUUCCUUCUGCAUGACUUCCCGGUAUUUGUGCUCUUCUCUUACCCUUCGUAUUCCGCCCCAGGCUAAUCCAUACACUUGAACGUUCCGCUGCGAGAGGCGGAAUGGGAUGCUGGCUGAUAAGUCAAGGGAACGGUCGGGGGGGGGAGUGUGGUGCUGGGACGACAGCAGGGACUGGCCGUUGGGGAGGAGGAGAAGUUGUUGUGAACAUGUACUGUUGAACUUGAUUUAUAGUCUUGUAUUUUUUUCUUUGUUGUGGUUGGCACUUUCCCAUAACUUUGACUGGACAUGUCUCUUCUUGUGAUUUACGAUUUGUUAUGUGUUCUUCGAACCAUUUGGGACUUACUUGCGUGCCGUCCCUAGAAUAUACUCAUUAGCAUCAUCAUUAAAAUUUUAAGAUUUAUUCAUCUUAGCGACAUUUUGGCAGUCUUGCAAGUAGUGUCUUUUAGAGUUUCGUCGUGUCUUGUGCCUUAGCGUGUUGUUCGAGUAAUUGAGAAAGUAUUGUUGGCCCGAAGGAGUAAAACUGGCACGCGAGGUACCUUAGCUGGUUGACGUGGUGCUGUAUGUAGUAGUUUACUCCGUGUGUAAAUGUAUCUAAUUUUAAUGUGCGCUGCUGAUUGACUAAACUGGUGCAGACUGCCCAAGUAUACGCAUAUCAAUCGCGCCCGCGGGUGCAGUUCAACCUUCGCAGGGCCUAGGUUCCGAUUGCGCCGACUCCCAGCUACCGCUGCGACACUGGCUUCGCUGGGUGAAGCGCUUUUUUCUUUUUUUUGUUUCUUCAUGUGCUGGAGGGGAGAGAGAGCCGGUGUGCGUCGGCGAAACCCAAAGUUCAAAACUGGGUUCGCGCCGAUUAGGCGUUCUCGGCGUAUACGGCGUGUUGCAGCAAAAUUCAAAGUACUGGGCAAAGCCCACAGCAUCUUCUUUCACACACGGGUGCGCCCUUCCGCAACCAUCCUGAGGAAACUUAGCAUGAUGCUUGCGCGCGAGCGUCAUUUUUACACGAAACACGCCGCCCCCGACUGCGUUUGGUGGAAUUCCAACACACCACUUGACGUACGGUCUGAUACGGGCAUUUCCAGUUUGUGUGCCAAGUUUCAUGUGGAUCUGUGCGGUCUGCGCUGCGUUCUCGUCGUCGGACGAAACACGCCCUCGGCCAGGGGUAGGUUGGGCCGCAUCCAAAAGUGCCAGGUAUUUGCCUCCGAACUUCGAAUUCUUCUUUUGUCACGUUCGCGGGCCACAGGCCAUGAAACUCGACCAAACAAGGGUCAGAAGACAGUAAAUAACUAGCUCUACGGUGUCAGGGUCUUAGUUUGGUGUGGUGUGUCGUUGCCGGAACGCACAGCAGCCCCAAAGGUGUUUCGACAAACGCCUCCAUAUAUCCUGUGCGCAGC